CCUCUGGGACAGAGUGCGCGAGCGACAGAGCAAAGGUCAGAGGGGAUUAGGUCAGAGGUGUAUAAAAGGGGAGGACAGUCGGAGAGGAGGAAGAGAGAUACAGCAGGAUCUCAGUAGGAUCAACCCCGGAGAACUGUUCACUACAGACUGCAAAGACAGAAAUGGCAGACGUUGCAACUGCUGCUGAAAAGAAGGCCCCCCCUAAAUUCAAGCAGAGGACUACCCGUACCUUCAAGAGCAAGGCCCCCAAGCCUGGCCAGAAGGGAUUCGGUGACGACAUCCCCGGCAUGGAGGGUCUCGGCACAGACAUCACAGUGAUCUGCCCAUGGGAAGCAUUCGGUGACAUGGAACUCAGUGACCUGGCAAAAUAUGGAAUUGUUUAGAUGCCCUGCCCCUCCUUCCCUUCCCUCGACCACCCCCUCCACUUCUCUUUCCUUCACUCCCCCUCUCCUCCUCCUUUCUGGACCCUGAGGUCAGGGAUUCCGGUACUCUGAACUGAUUCUUGUUUUGUUAUGCCAUCUUGUCCAAGGCUCUUCCACUUCGACAUCAGCUCGUUGUUUCAGAGCCGGGCAUAAUCGGGUGCACCACCGACCCUGAGAGAAUUGGUGAAGUCACACAAACACACAGUGAUACUUGGGAAAUAUGCACACACAAGCUUUAAACUGAAGACACAUAUGACCGAAUCUCCUGCUGCCACUGUCCUCCUGUAGAAAUCUCACGUAAACGACCAGCUAAACAAUGUCCUAACAACUGAAGUCAAAUGGCACUCAAGUUAUAUGAAUAAGACAUGUAAUGUAUAAUAGUGAUGUGCAUUCGCUUUUUUGCAGACUGGUAGGUAAAUAAAUGGUCAUGUCAGUGAUGCUUACUUCGACACUAGUACAGUUUCACUGGUGCAUUUCCUGAGAAAGAAGCUGGACUAAAUUUACAAUGUUAUUAACUUGGGUUUGAUUAACCGUCAUUUAUAUCUCCACCAUAGUUGGUCUCCUCCCGCCUCCCUUUUUUCUCAACCUGCCCCCGCUCUCCUUGAAAGCACUUUUUAUACACAGAAAUAUAUUUUAUGUACAAAA